AUGGUGACCAAUAACCCUGGAAAAGAAGUUUGCUAUGAAAGGGUGGGGUGCUUUAAAGACGGUUUACCAUGGACUGGGACUUUGUCAAGACAGUUUGCAGGUUUGCCCUGGUCUCCAGAGGAGAUAAACACUCGCUUUCUGCUCUACACUAGACGUAAUCCCAAAGUCUAUCAGGAGAUCAGUGCAAUUAAUUAUCUAACUAUCCAAACCUCACACUUCGGAACAGACAAGAUGACCCGUAUUAACAUCCCUGGAUGGAAAUCAGAUGGAAAAUGGCAGCAAGACAUGUGCAAUGUGUUACUGAAAGCGGAAGACGUGAAUUGCAUUAACAUAGACUGGAUUAACGGUUCGCUGGAAUACAUCGACGCCGUCAACAACCUGCGCGUUGUUGGGGCUGAGGUGGCGUAUUUUAUUGAUGUUCUCACGAAAAAAUUUGGAUACUCUCCUUCUAAAGUUCACUUGAUUGGCCACAGCGUGGGAGCACAUCUGGCUGGGGAAGCUGGGUCCAGGGUCCCAGGCCUGGGAAGGAUAACAGGGUUGGACCCAGCCGGGCCAUAUUUCCACAACACUCCAAACGAGGUUAGGCUGGACCCCUCGGAUGCUGACUUUGUCGACGUCAUCCAUACAAAUGGAGUUCGCUUGCUCUUUGAGUUUGGUGCUGGAACUAUUAAUGCUUGUGGUCACCUUGACUUUUACCCAAAUGGAGGGAAGCACAUGCCAGGAUGUGAAGACUUAAUUACACCUUUAUUUACCUUUGACUUCAACAUUUACAAGGAAGAAGUGGCUUCCUUCUUUGAAUGCAACCACGCCCGCAGUCAUCGCUUCUACAUGGAGAGCGUUCUCAAUCCGGAUGCAUUUAUUGCUUAUCCCUGUAGAUCCUACAACUCUUUUAAAGCGGGAGAUUGCUUCCAUUGUCCCAAAGAAGGUUGCCCCACAAUGGGUCAUUUUGCUGAUAGAUUUCACCUCAAAAAUAUGCAGCCUAAUAGAUCAUAUUAUUUUUUAAACACUGGGUCUCUUUCCCCAUUUGCCCGUUGGAGGCACAAAUUGUCUGUCAAACUUGAUGGAAACAACGUCACUCAAGGGACCCUGUUUCUCCGUGUAGGCGGAACAACGGGGAACGUGGAGGAGUUCGUGAUGACCAGUGGGACACUGAAGCCAGGCACGACUUACACAAAAUUAAUUGAUACAGACGUUAAUGUUGGAAAUGUUACAAAUAUGGAGUUCAUUUGGAAGGAACAUUUGUUUGGGCGUUCUCAGAAUAAGUUGGGAGCAGAGAUGGUGAAAGAUAUAUCUGGAAAAUAUGGAUAUGAAUCUACCUUCUGCAGCCAGGAUAUCAUGGGACCCAAUAUUGCCCAGAUCCUGAAACCAUGCUAA